AUGCUUCCGACGAAGAUGCGUCAGAAAUUGAAAGAUACACUACUGGGUACGAGAAUAUCCAUACCAUCCAUUGCUAAUAGAAGAAUGAAGGCUCUCCACUAUCGUGUAAGAGUUGAUUUCUCCGCACUUCGUUCACAUCUGAAAAAACAUAAAAUCACAGUUGACAAUAUUUGUGAACAGUGUUCUACUAAUAGUGUAGAAGAUCCGAAACAUUAUUUUCUUGAAUGUCCUGCUUAUGACCAGCAGAGAAGUAAACUACUUGAAACGCUUGAAGACAAUGUGAUAGUGGCUAAUGUUGGAACCGCGGAAAUAUAG